AUGAAGUCCUUCCUCGCCACAGCUUUCGUCCUCCUCUCGGGAUUCACCCUCCUCGCUGACGCUCACAUUUCGUUCCGCUACCCUUGCCCCCGCCGCGGUGCCUACAACGAGUGCCCCCAGCCUGGUCCUGGUCAAUGGGAGAUGAUUGAUUAUGAUAUCCGCUCCCCCAUCGGCACUCACGGCAGCAUUGUGAGCCCAAUGUGCAAGCACGAAAGCUCGUUCGCCGGUACUCGCCCCGUCUUUGCUGCCGGCCAGACAUACCAGGCCACCAUGGACAUCGGUGCCUACCACCUGGGAGGCAGUUGCCAGUGGACCCUGUCCUAUGACAACGGUACCACCUGGGUCGUCAUUCAGGACAACUUGAAGACAUGCAUGGCCGAUGCAUCCAACGGCAUUACAUACAACAUGCCUUUCAAGAUCCCCGCCGGCGCACCCUCGGGCACUGCUAUCUUGAACUUGAUCUGGAACAACAACGAGGGUAACCGUGAGUUGUACUCUUCCUGUGCCGAUGUUGUCAUCAGCGGAACCAACGGUGGUUCCCUUUCUGGUGUUGCUCCCCUUAUCGCCAACUAUGGUCCCAACUCGCCUUUCAUCCAGGAGCAGGCUCUCGCUAACGGAAAUUACGGCCAGGCCCUCUUCGCCGCCCGCAAGCCCAUCACCGUCACCGUCCCUGCCAAGUCUUCCAAGCGCAGCCUCUUUGGCCGUCCCCACAACUAA